AUGGCAGGAGAAUGUAGAGGAGAAAAAGUUGUUCAAAGGGUAUUACUUCCAACAUCAUUCAUUGGGGGUCCUAGGGAUAUGCGGCGACACUACAUGGAUGCUAUGACUCUGGUUCAAUAUUUUGGAAGACCAGAUAUAUUUAUUACGAUGACAUGUAACACUGAAUGGGUAGAGAUUCAAGAAGAGUUGUGCGAAGGUCAACUCCCUCAAGAUAGACCAGAUUUAGUGACUAGAGUUUUUAGAGCAAAGUUGCAAGACCUUAAAGACCAAAUUUUCAAUAAAGAAAUAUUUGGCCCUAUUGCAGCACAUGUUUUUGUCAUUGAAUUCCAAAAGAGAGGCUUACCUCAUAUACACCUUUUGGUCAUACUUAAAGAAGGUCACAAGAUAACAACACCAGACCAGUAUGAUAGAUUUAUUUAUGCAGAAUUGCCUGACAAGGACAAACAGCCGCACCUGAAUGAAUUAGUUAUAAGGCCUAUGAUGCAUGGACCUUGCGGUGAAAAUCGGCGCACAAGCCCAUGCAUGAAGGAUGAUCAAUGUAAAUUCCAUUAUCCACGACCAUUCAGUAACAAAUCAAUACAAGGAAAAGAUGGAUAUCCUAUUUAUAGGAGAAGAAAUGAUGGAAAAACAGUAAAUGUUCGUGGAAUGAAUAUGAAUAACCAAUGGGUUGUGCCUUAUAAUCCAUAUUUGUUGAUGAGACAUAAUUGCAAUAUCAAUGUAGAAGUUUGCUCAGGAGUAAAAGGAAUAAAAUAUCUCUACAAAUAUAUAUAUAAAGGGCAUGAUGGGUGUGCAGUUUAUAUUGAGUCGGAUGAUGGCGAAAAAAUAGUUGAUGAAAUUAGAAAUUUCCAAGAUGCACGAUGGGUCUCUCUGCCAGAAGCACUAUGGAGAAUUUAUGAAUUUAAUCUAAGUGAAAUGCAACCUCCGGUUAUUAAACUUCAACUACAUCUACCCGUCAAUCAAGCAAUGUACUAUUGGAAGAAGCAAAAUCUCAGAAAUGUGAUGGCCUCAGACACUGUAAAGCAUACUAUGCUCACCGAGUAUUUCAGGAUGUGCUCAAUAGACGAUGAUGCACGAAAUUAUCUUUACAGAGAAUUUCUAGAGCAUUAUGUUUGGAAUCCGCAGCCUAAAAUUUGGACAAAAAGAAAAACACGAUCUGUGAUUGGUCGGAUUGCUAUUGCUAAUCCCCGAGAAGGUGAAAGAUAUUACGAGAGAUUAUUACUGAACCACGUUAGAGGUCCAUUUUCAUUUGAAGAUUUGCUAACUGUUAAUGGAAAAAAAUGUGAAACAUUCAAAGAAGCUGCCAAACAAGGAGGAUUAUUAGAAUCAGAUAAUAGCAUUUCUGAAUGUUUACGCGAGGCUGUCUUUUUCAAAAUGCCAUCAGCUCUUCGAAGUUUAUUUGCAACAAUUUUAGUUCAUUGCAAUCCAACGGAUAUUAGAAAUCUAUGGGAAACAUACUACGAUGAUAUAUGGACCUGUGGAACUGGAAAAACAUUCUUAUAUUGUGCAUUACUAACAAAUGUUAGAUCAAGAGGUAUGAUAGCUUUGGCAACUGCAACCAGUGGUGUAGCAGUUGCAAUAUUACCAGGAGGUCGUACAACUCACUCUAGAUAUGGCAUACCUCUUCAAACAAAUGAUACAACUAUAACAAAAAUGUCAAAACAAAGUGCUGCUACUAAGCUAAUAGGACAAGCAAAAUUAAUAAUAUGGGAUAAAGCACCCAUGACAAAGCGUCAAACAAUUGAAACAGUUGACAGGAGCUUUCGAGAUAUAAUGGAUGUCAAUGUACCUUUUGGUGGAAAAGUAAUGGUCUUUGGAGGCGAUUUUCGACAAGUAUUGCAGUUGUUCCAAAAUCUACAAGAACAGAGAUGGUUAACGCAAGUUUAG